GCAGUCGCUUCGUCAGUUUAAAUCUUGGCUUGCAGCUGUUAAGACAUCCACGAAACUCAGCAUUCGCGACAAAUCCAAAUCGUUUUGUGUUAAAUAAUACUAAAGUGCAAUAAUAUGUCGGGACUACAGAAUGGCAUUCUUAUUUUAUUCGCUUGCAACUUGUUGCUGGCUGUCUACGUGGCAGCCAACAAACAACAGAAACACCAAAACCAAGAAAUCUGGGAACAAGACCUUUCGGAUACCUUUAAAAUCGAGGGCAGCGACCAGGGCAUUCAAAAGGUGAACCUGAAGUGCGGAGCCGACUCUAUGAACGUGGUGCUGGAGACGGAAAAGCCGUUCACGGGGGUCAUGUACACGCGUGGCAGCUUCUACAAGCAGACGGCGCCGUGCUUCAUGAAGCCCUCUUCGAACCAGGGAUCCCGCUCCAUGGAGAUGAACUUCCAGCUGGACCAGUGCCAGACCCUGCGGGACGGCGACCUCUACACGAACAUCGUGGUGAUCCAGAACGACCCCGAGCUGAUCACGCCCGGAGACUCGGCCUUCUCGCUGGAGUGCGACUUCCGGCAACCGCGCAGCCUGGACGUGGAGGCCAGCAUGCAGGCCAGGGACAGAGUGGCCACUGGCUCCAAAAUCACACUCACUAGUCCCGAUCCCGCGGCACCCACGGAACAUCUACACAACUCGGUGGUCAGCAACAGCGACUCGGUCGCAUACAUACCAAAGUUCAGCCGGCCAAAUAGAACCAUACACCUGGGCUCCGUCGAGGAGGUGACGCUGCCAUCGUCCUCCCAAUCCCGAGACGAGCUCUAGGAACACCCACAUUGCACGACACAACAAUAUAUGUAAUAGGAAACAAGAUACCCUUAAACACAAUCACAACACUUGAAAAACACUCCAGAUUACAGGAAAAUAGCACAGAACGCGACACAAGCGCCAACGCAGACAAAUUGAUGGCAAUUGGGCGACAAAUGCACUAACACCACUUCAUGUAUUUUCAUUUAAAUGGUUUUUCAUAUCCU